AUGAGCUUGCGAGUUUGCUUCAAACCGACAAUUACAUCAACACUCGGGAGACAAUUUACACCUUUAGCUUCAAUCAUCUCAACUCAGGCGAGAUCGUAUUCUAUACUCAACAGGGCGACCAUGUCUUCUCCUGCUCCGGCGCCGCAGAGGCGGUUUCAAAACCCAGCUGUUUUCGUCUGCGACAUCCAAGAGAAAUUCCGCCCUGCCAUCCACGAGUUCGACAAAGUAAUCUCCACAACCUCCAAACUCCUCCGCGCCUCCACCGUCCUCUCCGUCCCCGUCUUCGUCACCACCCAAAACCGGUCCCGCCUGGGCGACACCGUCGCCGAGCUCAAACCCCACCUCGCCCGCACAACCGUCAAGGCCGAUAUCGACAAAACCCGCUUCAGCAUGUUCAUCCCCCCCAUCCUCUCCGACCCCGUCUUCUCCUCCCCCGCCCAGGUCGCCAUCGUGGGCAUCGAGUCCCACAUCUGCGUCACUCAAACUGCGCUCGACCUGCUAGCGGCAGGACAUAAAGUCUACGUCCUGGCAGACGGCGUCAGCUCGACAAACAAGGAAGAGGUCCCCAUCGCGCUUGCGAGGCUGAGGCAGGCCGGGGCGGUGGUCACGAGCAGUGAGAGCUGGAUUUACGAGCUGAUGGGGGAUGCGGCUGUGCCGGAGUUCAAGGGGAUUGUGAACCUGGUCAAGGAUACGGGGAAUGAGACUAAGAGGGCGUUGGGGGGGUUGGUGGGGAGUAAGAUUUGA